CCUAAAAUGUCUAAUACAACCAUGACUCAGAGCUUCACCGCUGUCUACCUUGCAGUGGAGGUAGUCAUUGGGGUUCUUUCUAUCAUUGGAAAUACCCUUGUAAUCUGGGCAGUGAAGGUGAACCCCUCUCUUCAGGAUACAACAUUUUACUUUAUUGUGUCUCUGGCAGUGACUGACCUGGCAGUUGGAGUAUUGGUUACACCUUUGGCUAUUAUACUGGAGCUGAAGAUACAGCUAUAUUUUCAUGCAUGUUUGUUCCUCUGUUGCAUGAUUAUCAUAUUCACCAAUGCAUCCACAGCUUCUCUGCUUGCCAUAGCAAUUGACAGAUAUGUAAGAGUCAAGUUUCCAAACAGCUACAGGAUGAAGAUGACCAAAAAGAGGAUUCGGUUGUGUAUUUGCUUCUACUGGAUUCUGUCUGCAUUUGGAGCACUGGUCCCAAUGUUUGGAUGGAACAACAGAAUCCAUCUUGGAGAAGAAGAAAGGAAUGUCCUGAUAUGUAAUUUCCCCCAUGUCAUGAGUAUGGACUAUCUUGCGUACUUUUGCUUUUUUGGUUGGGUUCUCUUUCCUUUGUUCACUAUGAUGGCUUUGUAUGUGGAGAUCUUUCAUACUUUAAGAAAACACAUGAGACAAUGCGUCUCCAACCUUCAUUUAAAUAAGUCAAAUUAUAGUAAGGACUAUAAAAUAACAAUCUCCCUUGUGAUUGUUAUGAGUAUGUAUGCCCUUUGUUGGUUACCCAUAUCCAUUCUGAACUGCAUCACCUAUUUUUACCCUAAUGUUGUACAGACCAAGGGAUUCGUACCUGCUCUGUAUUUAAGCAUUUUGUUGUCACAUCUGAAUUCUGUCAUCAAUCCUAUAAUCUAUAGUCUCAAAAUUAAAAAAUUUAAAUACACCUUCAUUAAUAUAAUUAAGAGACAUACAUGUAUCCUGUGCAGAGAUGAUAUAACUGAUGCCUCUAGUAUAGAAAACACACUUGAAAAAUAA